AUGGAAUUGUGCACCUUCUGCAUGUUAGCAAAGGGGCUGGGGACAAUAAAUUUUCUUUGUUCAUACGAACAAAAAAUACAUGUUUCUUCUCUCCUUUUCUUGUAUGAGCAGGAUCAAAUUGAGGGCGACAUCCAAAAAGUACUCGGCAAAUUGGCUGAUGCCUUAGGCAAAGAGGACAAUACAAACGAUAAACUAUGCGAGAAGAGUACGGACAAAACUCGUACACUAACUACUAGCGAAAAGACGGCAUGUAAUAACAUUGUUAAAGGAUUGAAAGGUAUAUACGGUAUUAAGUAUGAAGCAAGUGAAAAUAAGAACCCUGUUCAGAAUCAACAAUUUGAGCAGGCGAUAGGUUGUCUCAUGUUAAAUUUGUACGCUCAGGAAAUAAAUAACAAGUGUCCUAUCAUGGGGGACAUUGUUAAACAAGCUUUUACUAACCAGGGGAAACUUCACGAAGAUGCAUGCGCAGAUAAGGUCAAUAAUUGUGUUCAAUGUCAGUGGGACGAAUGUGCUACUUACACUAUUAAUGGGAAAGAAAAUCUACGCGAAAAAGUGAAGGAAAUGCUCCUGGGGAAUAAGGGCAUAAAGAAUACUAUGUCUACUAUAAGUGAUUUACGUAAGCUAAAUAGUACAACACCGCCCCUAACAACCCACCUACCAUCCUACCACCUAACAACCUUCAUUCCAUCACCCGUAACAAUCUUCCUUCCACCUAACAACCCACCUACCAUCCUACCACCUAACAACCUUCCACCAACCACGACCCUAACAACCUUACAUCCAUUACUAUGUUCCUUCUUUACAGCUACUAUUGAGGGAUGGUUCGCACAUUUUUCGAACAAAGUGUCUGAAGAAGACAAGGCACAGUAUGACGAGUUGAGUGCCAUGUUAGCUGUUUGUGAUUAUAAAGAUAGUGAUCAAGUGGAUCUGAGCACGUAUAAAGAUUUUUGUGAAAUUAUGAUAAAGAAUAUAAUAUUGACGACAGCUGUUGGAAAUCAAUAUAAAAACAAAAAAGAACAGAAGCAGGGGAAGCAGAUGCCAUGUAAAAAGAUCAUAAAAGGUAUUCCUGUAUGUGAUUUAUUAAAAAUAUGGAUGUGGUAUAUGAAAUGGUUCUGUGUAUCGGAUGGAGUUAUAAAACAUGCCCUUAACGCUGUGCAACAGGUAAGGGAAGGAUUUGAUGCAAGUGAGAAGUAUGCGAAAUGUGCUUAUGAUGCUGCACUAAAUAUUGCUUAUACGGGACAGAAGGAUAACCCAGAUGACCCGUACUACGAUCUAUUUGAAACAAGUACGUUGCAUACUAUGAUGAAAAAAUUAACCAGGGAGAAAUGGUGCAAAAACUCGCCUGAGGGUCCAAGCCCUGCACGCCUUGAUGAGGAAGUGCCUGAUCAAAAAAUCAAUGGUGCUAAGGAAUUAGAAGCCUUUAAGGAAAUUCUUCAGAACGUUGUGACUGGAGUAGAUGAGGAAGAGAAUGGGAAGGAAGAGAAGAACGAGGAGGAACCACCACCUGCCAAAGUUCCUGAAGUACCAAAGGAGGUUGUUCCUGAGAAGAAAGUUCCUGAGGAGGACGUUCGUUCUCAGGAAGAAGAAGACCGGCCCUCAGAAGAAGAUCCUCCACGAGAAGAAAAUCCUUCUCAGGCCCACACUGAAGGGACCGAAGGGGACGAAGAAGAUGAAGAGGCAGAAGAGGAAGAGAAGGAUAAGAACGAAGAACCAACAGCAGAAGACACUGAAACCGAAGAAGAAGCAGCUGGUGCUGCUGGAGGUUCUCUAGGUGCUGGGGGUGCCAGUAGUGACACCCCUACUGCUGCCAAACUUAUUGACAUGAAGGACAACCCCUUCCUUCCGUACGUUCCUUUGGCUCCUGCCGUGCUUGGUAUUUCCGUUAUGAGCUACUUGCUCUGGCGGUACUUUGGAAUGCUUCGUAAAACAAGAAUACGUUACAGAAGAGUUCCUCAAAUACGUGGUCCCUCCUUAGAACAGCAGAUUGUUGACCAUGUGGACGACGGUGGUCCACAUGCAUAUACCUUAGUAAAGGAACGUAAACCUCGUUCUAUGCCUAUAAAAAGGAGGAAAGAAUGGGUUCCUGGUCGUCGUCGUCGUGUACGUCGCCGCAUGAUUAUUGAUAUUCAUUUAGAAGUCUUAAACGAAUGUCAAAAGGGGAACACCAAACUGGUACAGGAAGACUUUUUUGAAAUUUUGGUUCAAGAAUUUAUGGGAUCACAGUUAAUAAAAGAAGAAAAUGUUCCUAAGAAACCACGUCCUAUGGUUGAUGAUCCCAAGGAACAGGUUCCAAGUUCAGAUUCCGGUUUUCGGGUGUAG